AUGCUAGAUAACAUGCAAUUUCAUUCUCCUGCACCGGAACAUCCUCAACUGAAUGCGGGUAUUAACGGAAAUCCCGCUUCCCAUAAACUAGGUUACAAAUUACAUCAGCAAGUACAGAAAUUGGCUGUGGUCAGGAAUAAUAUUGAAGAGAGAUUGAACUCGAUGGAAUCCCCACAUGGACAGAUAUCCGAUGGUAACGUUGUCCGUGCUUUGGACGCAAGUGUCGAUGACUACCUGAUACCUUCACCUCCAUUGUCGCCCAAGCUGAGACAUUGCCCCAUAAUAAACCAAUCUCAAUUGAUCGGUGUGAAAAGCGAUCAUAGGGAGCUCAUCAUGUUGACCCCCGUUUGGGAAGCAGGCUUGAACUCUCAGAAGUAUAAUCAUAAUACGAGGAAUUUCUUAUCGCAAUAUAGUUUCUUCCGAGAUAUGAAAACAACGAAAAGGAUUCCUGCCAAGGAGAAUAGGAGACUGAAAAUGGUAAAGCCUGUUGCGAACUUGGAAGUACUGCCCAAGAGAAGGAGAUACGACAGGAAGAUUAAGAGAAGAUCAAGGGAGCUGUACGGUGAUGAUGGAAACGGAUCAGAAAACUAUGACGAAGAAAGUGGUCAAGAAAUUCCAGUUAGAUCAGUGACUCCGAUACGUCAAGUUAAGAAGUCUCUCCAUACUAUUUCUUCACCAUUGGCCUCUCAAGGUGUAGUGAAUAAUGUCCCCAAGUAUAUUCCAAGCAUGUCGUGGGAAAAGUUACCGGAUUACUCUCCACCUCUGCAUACUUUGCCCAAUGGCAAUAAUAAAGUUUUAAAAGUGGAAUGGAAGGGCUCUUCAAUGGACUUAAGUCAGGAUCCUCUCAGACAGCGUUUGCAUCCUGCAGAAUUGGUUCUCGCACAGAUCUUGAGACUUCCAUGUGAUCUUUAUCUGGACUCUAAAAGAAGGUUCUUCUUAGAGAAAGUCCAUAGAUUUAAAAAGGGAUUGCCGUUCAGGAGAACGGAUGCUCAAAAGGCUUGCAGAAUAGACGUUAAUAAAGCAUCGAGGCUAUUUGCUGCGUUUGAAAAGGUAGGUUGGUUACAGGAUAAACAAUUUGAAAAGUACUUAUGA